UUUACUUUUACAUGUCAUCAUACUUCAGUUAAUAUGAAGUGUAAAAACAUUACAUAAGCAUCCUAGAUAAAUUUUAUGUUCGUGCGUCUUUAAAUUACGUCACAUCCUUCGCUGUAUCCUCCAAUCAACACUCAGAACACGUGGAGGCAAUACAUUGGAGAGGCAGUGUCACAGUGAUCAUGGUCCGGGGAGAAACAGGAAGAAUAUUGCUCUGGAAACAUGCCGGGUCUCCCGCUGCUGGUAAACCUGGCUGGGUCGGUGCUGGGCGGACUGGCCACCGCUACAUUUAUCCCGGCUUUCAAAGAGCACUUUAUAGCGGCGAGACUGUACGGAACGGAUAUGAACAAGAAGAGCAAAGAGAUGAUCCCGGAAGCACAAGGAGUCAUCAGCGGAGUUGUCUUCCUUCUUGUCCUGUUCUGCUUCAUUCCUGUGCCGUUUCUUGGGUGUUUUGUGGAAGACGAGUGCAGAGAGUUUCCUCACCAUGAGUUUGUGGCUCUCAUUGGGUCCCUCCUUGCAAUUUGCUGCAUGAUCUUUCUGGGGUUUGCGGAUGAUGUCCUGAAUCUUCGCUGGCGCCACAAGUUACUGCUACCAACCGCGGCUUCCCUCCCUCUCCUUAUGGUCUACUUCACCACGUUUGGUAACACUACCAUUGUUGUGCCCAAACCUUUCAGACCACUCUUGGGGCUUCACGUGGACUUGGGUCUUUUGUAUUAUGUGUACAUGGGCAUGCUGGCUGUCUUCUGCACCAAUGCCAUCAACAUCCUUGCUGGAAUCAAUGGGCUGGAAGCCGGUCAGUCUUUAAUCAUUGCUGGCUCCAUUAUCAUCUUUAAUAUUGCAGAGCUUAAUGGGGAUUGCCACAGCGACCAUCUCUUUUCUCUGUACUUCCUCAUACCGUUCUUCUUCACAACUCUUGGGCUGCUGUACCAUAACUGGUAUCCAUCCCGCGUCUUCGUUGGCGACACGUUCUGUUACUUUGCUGGGAUGACGUUUGCAGUAGUUGGCAUUGUGGGGCACUUCAGUAAAACCAUGCUGCUGUUCUUCAUUCCGCAAGUGCUAAACUUCCUGUAUUCUCUACCACAGCUGUUUCAUGUCAUCCCCUGUCCACGGCACCGAUUGCCAAGACUUGAUCCUGGCACUGGAAAACUGGGCAUGAGUUACUCCAAGUUCAAGACAAAAGAACUGUCUGAAAUUGGUGCUUUCAUCGUAAAGGUCACAGAAACACUGGGUGUAGUUCAUGUCAAACGGGAACAGGGUGAAGAUGGAGAAUUCACGGAGAUAAAUAAUAUGACGCUAAUAAACUUUGUGUUGAAGCUAACUGGGCCAACCCAUGAGAGGAACUUGACAUUGCUGCUGCUUCUCAUCCAGGUCGUCGGGAGUUGCUGUGCCUUUCUGAUCCGUUACCAGCUGGUUCGGCUCUUCUAUGAUGUUUGACAUUCACCUGAAUGGUGUUAGGGCGACAUGCGAAAACAAGCACAGCACCGCUGCUAGGGAUAUUACAUGGGGAGGACAAACCCACAUGACUGCCUCUACUGGGUUUUAAAUCUUUGGAGGCCUGUAUGCGCCUCUGUUAAACGGGAAAGGACUGCUGGUGAUUCUGGUCCUGUUGGCAUCUAAAUGUUAAGAAAGGCCCUUAAGAUUAUUUUAGAACGUAACCAAUGUGUAUAAAGACUCUGGAAAUGAAUAUAAAAAGGCAAACCAUAAAUAUUUAAAUAUGUAAAGCAA